AUGGAUGUUGGUCCGGGGGUUAGCGUUGAAAUCAAAUCAUGCCCCAGUACUAUGUACGAUGAGGAUCCAUUGUUGCACUGCCUAGAAUAUCUAGGGAUAGUAUACAGCUCCACCCAAAUGCCAGAACAAACAGACAUUCUAGACGCCGUUACCCACUGUCAGAUGUAA